CGCCUCGGCCACCCCUCCUCCUCCAUCUCCAUCGCGGUGGGCUAACCCUAAGCUGAAUUGGACAAUUCAUUCAUCUGGCCAUGGAGGAGACGAUGCGGGGGUGGCCGCUUGGAUUGCAACCCGUCAACGUGCGGGUGCAUCUGGCGGAGUCGUGGCUGGAGCACGCCGCCGCCAGCUCUGCCGCCGCCGCAGCCUCGUCCUUGUCACCCAGCUUGAGCUUCUCCUCGUCCUUGUCUUCGGAUCUGGACACCCAGUCCACUGUGUCGCUUCUCCCGGAGACGGGAGUGGCGGGCAUGACGCUGGGGAGCCUGAUUGGAAUCCGGUCGGCGGGGCGGAGGAGGGAGCAGGCACGCCACGGCAGGGGGGGCAUGGUGUGGGCGCUGCUAGGCUGCCGCAGCAACGGCAACAGCAGCGACGAGACGGGGAGUAACGCGACGCUGCUGGCGGACAGUGUUGCUCCACCUUCCUUGGGUGAGAUCCUGGCCUUGGAGAGAUCGUCCCGAAGUGGAGGAGGCGGAGGAGAGGAGCGGCAAGUGUGCGUCAAUGUCAUGUACGAGGAACACGGGCAGGAACAGCAGCAGCAGCAGCAACAACAGGAGGGGGAAGGUGUGAAGGUGGACGCCUGUUUAUACCAGCCGACAAGCAGCGCGCUCUCCACCAUGUGUGGAUGCCUCGUCGUCGUCACUGGGGAGUGACCAUAGCUAGCUACCUCUUAGUGUGGGUGGGGGGCACAAAUAAACACUCCAUCAGCGUGUGGCCAGCGCCUCGAUCUCCUUGACCAGCAGCUCCUUUUCUUCCUCAAACUGCUCGUCCUCUGGAGGUGAACAUGCACACGUCCACAUGCACGUAUGGUGGAGCAGCAGCAAAGGUUUGUGAGAAUAUACGUACCCUUGUCAA